AAUUUUUCCCCAACGCCGCCAUUCACCGCAAGAUCAGCUGAGAACGCCAACGGUUACCGUUUCCAUUGUCUUUCUUGGACCGGGAUUCCUCUCCUUCAUUCCAAUUGUUUAUUUUACGAGUGCCAUUCAUUCUCCCGAAUAAUUGGGAACACCGUUCGCCAUGUCCGUUCGCCUGAAUAUCAUUGUGGCUGCGUGUGAGAACCAUGGUAUCGGCAUUAACGGCGAAUUGCCAUGGAAACUGAGGGAGGAAAUGAAGUACUUCAGCCGCAUGACAAAGGCCACAAAGUCAUUAGAGAAGCAGAAUGCUGUCAUGAUGGGCCGCAAGACAUGGGAAUCCAUCCCAGCCAAGUUCAGGCCCUUACCUGGUCGACUCAAUCUGGUGAUUUCGUCAAGAGCAAAACUACCGUGGAAGCAUAUAAGAAGGGAUCCUGGUCCAGAAUUCAACGGGUCAACGGUGUGUGCUAGUUUUAAGGAAGCCAUAGACGAGGUUCAAAGUCGCACAGAUGAAGUGGAGAGUUUGUGGGCCAUUGGGGGAUCUUCCAUAUAUGAGAUGGCACUAGAAUCUGAACAUCUACAUCGUAUUUAUCUUACGAGGAUAUUAAAGGAUUUUGAAUGUGACACCUUCCUGCCAUUAUUUGACCCCAAGAAGUUCCAGAUUGUGACGGAUCCUGCUGUUCCUGCUGAACUACAACAAGAAGGAGAUAUCACCUACAAGUAUGAAAUCUAUGAGAAAGUGAAAUAAAAUUUACCUUUAUAUA